AUGCAGGUCAGUUCAGUUAACAUCCCUUCCCACCCAUCACAACCCCUCUCUUCAUCCUUCCUCAAUCUCUCCCCCAAACAGCUGCCCUGCCAUCAGGAGUAUCUCUGCGAUCGCCGCUGCCAGCGUGGCAGGCCGUGCGGGCGACACCUGUGCAAGCGGCGCUGCUGUGCUGGCGACUGCCCUCCCUGCCCCGAGCGCCAACUGUGCAACGGCGUUGCUUCGCUGGCGACUGCCCCCCUUGCCCCGAGCAACAUGUUCUUGAGGCGCCUUCCUUCUUUCUUUCUGUCCAGCUCUGCACCUGCUCUCUCCCCUGCCCUCUCUCCUCCCCUUCCCUCCUGCAGCGGCCCCUGUGCCCCCUGCCAUAGCACUUUCCUUAUCGCAUGCUUCUUUGCUCGUUGCUUGCUCCUGCUCUCUUGCCCCCGUCUCCCCCAUCCCCCUUCCCUUCCCUCCCAGCGGUCCCUGUGCCCUGUGGAGCAGAGAAGCAGCAGCGCCCUCCCAGAUGCCACAUGCGCUGCUCCAUACUCCCGGACCCUGGUUCCCCUCUCUCCUCAUAUGCUCGCUCGCUCCCUUCCCUUCUCCCCUCCAUGCCUCUCAGGUGCCCUGUGGAGCAGAGAAGCAGCAGCGCCCUCCCAGAUGCCACAUGCGCUGCCCUGUGCCGCCCACAUGUCACCAUGGGGCCAACUGCAGGGGCCUGCUCUCCUUGCAGCCUCGCCUGUGGCCAGCCCUACCACUGCACGCCAUGCUAUAAUCACUCGCAUCGCGUUUCCUCCUUGCCUCUCCCCCCUUUAUAAUCACAGCCGCAUCGCUGUCACUACGGGGCGUGUCCCCCUUGCAGCCUCCCCUGCGGGGAGCCCUUUGACUGCGGCCACUCCUGCCCGCUCAGGGUGGUUCCUCAGAUGCCAUAACCCCCGUCCGCCUCCCAACCCGCCCUUCUCCCUUGAGCCGCCCAAGAAGAAGAAGAAAGGGAAGAAGGAGGGCGAGGAGGAGGAGAAGGAUGAUUCAAUGCUCAUACCAUGCCAUAACCCCCGUCCGCCUCCCAACCCGCCCUUCUCCCUUGAGCCGCCCAAGAAGAAGAAGAAAGGGAAGAAGGAGGGCGAGGAGGAGGAGGAGGAUGAUUCAAUGCUCAUACCAUGCCAUAACCCCCGUCCGCCUCCCAACCCGCCCUUCUCCCUUGAGCCGCCCAAGAAGAAGAAGAAAGGGAAGAAGGAGGGCGAGGAGGAGGAGGAGGAUGAUUCAAUGCUCAUACCAUGCCAUAACCCCCGUCCGCCUCCCAACCCGCCCUUCUCCCUUGAGCCGCCCAAGAAGAAGAAGAAUGGGAAGAAGGAGGGCGAGGAGGAGGAGGAGGAGGAUAAUAUAAUGCCCAUAUUCUUACCACUGAUCUUCACUCCCCUUCCUACCACCAGGUGCCACGGCCCCCGCCCGCCUCCCAACCUGCCAUUCUCCCUUGAACCACCCAAGAAGAAGAAGAAAGGGAAGAAGGAGGGCGAGGAGGAGGAGGGGCAGGGGAAGCCAGGAUCGCCGUGCCCCUCAUGUGUGGUGCCGGUGGUGCGAGAAUGCAGAGGAAGACACCAGGGGCAGGAGUGCGAGGUAGGUGCUUCUAAAGCUGUGUGCUCCCUUGCUCUCACGACUCUGCCUUCUCGUGCGAGCUACCGUGUGGUAAUGCCUAUCUUUGUGCUCCCCUGCUCUCAUGACCCUGCCUUCUCAUGCGAGCUACCCUGCGGUAACCCCCUUGCAUGCGGUAACCACGCAUGCCAGCUGGCGUGCCACGUCAUCACCCGCCCGCGAACCGUAGAUGGACAGAGAGUGCUGGUGGCCAAGGGGGGAGAGGAGGGAGGAGAGGAGGAGGAGGAGGAGGGGGGAGUGAGGGAGGUGGAGGAGGGAGGAGAGGAAGGAAAGAGCUUGCCUCGUGACACGUGCUACCCUUGCAAGCGAGCAUGUCAAAAGGUUGGUCCCUCAUACCUCUCCUCCCUUCUACACCUUCCUCCACCACUUCUUCUACCUCACUACACUUGCUACUCUUGCAAGCCACCAUGCCAAAAGGGACCCUCCAUGCGCGCAUCCCUGCCCGGAGCCGUGCCAUCCGGGCAGCUGCCCGCCGUGCAAAAACCUUCUGAGAAAGCGGUGCUACUGCGGCAUCAUGACCCAUGCGAUCGAGUGCGGCCAAUGGGGUGCCGCCACGGAGGCAGAGAGAAUCAGAAUGGUGUCUUGCACGGGGCCCUGCCACAAGUCACAGUGCGCUGUGCAUGCCUUCGCCUCAAGAAAGAGUGGCUGUGCUCCCAAGUGCAAUCCGAAACUGCCAAAGCUGCUGCCAAUGGUGCAAGCAAACCCACUAGCAGCGCAGACAGCAACAGUGGUGGGAGUGUUGGAGGUGGUGGGGGUGGGAGACUGCGAGAGUCAAUGGUGGGGGUGGGGCUGAUACCAUGUGACGACGAGUGCCGGCGUAUUCAGGAGGAGGAGUGGAAGCGGAGGGAAGCGGAGGAGAAGCGAGAGGCAGAGAGGAAGGCAGCAGCAGCAGCAGAGGCUGAGAGGCUUCGACUCGAAGUGGAAGCUGCUGUGAGUGUCGAUGGUGUUCGUCUUGUGUUUGGGUUCAUCCCUCCUGCUGUGAGUCGCUGGGUGAUCAUCGUCACUCUCUUCUGCCUCCUCCUCGUGCUCUCUGCUGGGGGGGGGGGGUUCAAGGCACUUCUCUCACACACCCCCUCCCCCCUCUCUCACUCAUUCCCAACCCGCGCCCCUCAAUCGCCCAUCGUCAGUGGUUCAUCCCUCCUGCUGUGCGUCGCUGGGUUAUCAUCGUCACCCUCUUUUGCCUCCUCCUCGUGCUCGCUGCUGGGCGGUGGGGGGGGGGGGGAGGGGGAACUCAAGACACUUCUCUCACACACCCCCUUCCCCUUCUCUCGCUCAUUACCAACCCAGCACCCGCGCCCCUCAAUCACCCAUCAUCCGGGUUUCAUCCCUCCUGCUGUGCGUCGCUGGGCCGUCAGCAUAAUUCUCCUCUGCUUCCUCCUCCUCCUGCUGUUUGCUGCUGAAUGGGCCUCAGCGCACUUCUCUCACUCACCCCCUUUCCCUCUCUUUCUGCCCCUUUCCCUCACUCAUUCCCAACACCCCCACCCCUCAGUCGCCCAUCAUCAGGCGUUCAUCCCUCCUGCUGUGAAGCGCUGGGCUGUUAUCAUGACUCACCUGUGCUUCCUCCUCCUGCUGCUGCUGCUCGCUAUCGGGGUGCACCUCAAGGCACUUCCAGCAUUCAUUGCUUCUCCUUUCUUUCACUCCCAGUGCGCGGCGGUGGGCCGUCAUCGUCACUCUCCUUGGCCUACUCCUGCUGCUGCUGCUCGCUAUCGGGGUGCACCUCAAGGCACUUCCAGCAUUCAUUGCUUCUCCUUUCUUUCACUCCCAGUGCGCGGCGGUGGGCCGUCAUCGUCACUCUCCUUGGCCUACUCCUGCUGCUGCUGCUCGCUAUCGGGGUGCACCUCAAGGCACUUCCAGCAUUCAUUGCUUCUCCUUUCUUUCACUCCCAGUGCGCGGCGGUGGGCCGUCAUCGUCACUCUCCUUGGCCUACUCCUGCUGCUGCUGCUCGCUAUCGGGGGGUUCAUCUCUCCUGCUGUGCGGCGUUGGGCCGUCAUCAUCACUCUCCUCUGCCUUCUCCUCGUCCUGCUGAUUGCUGCUGGAGUGGGCUUUAAGGCUCAAGGUGUUUGCAUCAAUCUUUCCCCUCCAUUCCUCUCACUCAUCCCAACCCAACAACCCCAACCCCCGCUCCAUUUGCCCAUCAUCAGGGGCUCAUCCCGCCCGCUGUGUGUCGCUGGGCCGUCAUCGUCACUCUCCUCUGCCUCCUCCUCCUGCUGCUCGCUGCUGGGGGAGGGGGGCUCAAGACACUUCUCUCUCACACACCUCCCUUCCCCUUCUCUCGCUCAUUCCCAACCCAACCCCCGCUCCAUUUGCCCAUCAUCAGGGGUUCAUCCCACCCGCUGUGCGUCGCUGGGCCGUCAUCAUCACUCUCCUUUGCCUCCUCCUCCUGCUGCUGAUGCUGCUGGGAUGGGACUCAAGGCUCAAGGCGCUUCCAUUCCAUCAAUCUUCCACCACCUCCCCCCCCUUUCCCCCACCUUCUUCCCCCCUUAUAUCGCCCAUCGUCAGGGCUUCAUCCCUCCUGCUGUGCGGCGGUGGGCCGUCAUCAUCACUCUCCUGUGCCUUCUCCUCGUCCUGCUGAUCGCUGCUGGGGUGGGCCUCAAGGCGCUCUCUGAUUGGAUGAAUGAGCGGGACCGCCUCCGCCCUAGAAAGUCGUUUCGUUACUAA